ACCAAGGCCUGCUAGGUGGCCGCCUUCGCGGAGCACAGAGCUGCUGCCACACUGCCCUCCAGCAGAACAUCAGAAGACCCCAGGGCCCCCUGGGCUGGUGCAAAACUCCAUCCCUGGAAAGAAAGCCCGGGGUGAAUACCGGCACAAUGGCAGUGCCCUGGGAGGAAUAUUUCCAACUGGCCUUGCAAGAGAAACUGCCUGCCUCCUCCAGGAAGAUCCCGGAGCAAAGUGUGGACCACUUCCCGCCAGUGCUGCGUCUCCUGGAGAAGAGGCAGGAGCUGAUAGACGCGGACCGAGGCCUGCAGGCCCAGAAAGAGGUGUUCCAGACCACGAGAGCAGCGCUGAAAGAGCGCUGGGAACAGUUGGAACAGAAGGAGCAGGAGCUAAAGGGGUCCUUUGUCCGCUUUGACAAGUUCCUGCAGGACACGGAGGCCCGGCGCAGCCGCGCCCUGCGGAGGGCGGCCCAGGAGCGGCUCCAGGCGGACCGCCGGGAGGCGGAGGCCCUACGGCUUCGGGCCCAGUUCGAGGAGCUGCAGCGGGAGCGCGCGCGGCUGCGGUGCCGGCUGGAGCGCCUGGAGCCCUGCGCGCGCCUGCUGGGGCGAGUGCUGGAGCAGCUGCCUGAGUUCCAAGAGGUCCCCGAGCUGGUGGCGCGCUUCGACGGCCUGGUCGAUAUGCAGGCGGCGCUGAGGCUCACGGAGCGCCAGCGGCUGGCCGAGCUGGAGGAGGCGCGCGCUCGGCUGCAGCGGCUGCGGGACGCGGGGCAGAGCGAGCUGCUCGGGCAGGGCCAGCGGCGAGUGCAGCUGCUGGAGCGCCUGGAGGCCGCGAGGGAGCGCACGCUGCGCUGGGAAUCCAAGUGGAUUCAGAUCCAGAACACGGGGGCGGAGAAGACCCUUCUCCUGGGACGCACUAGGAUAGCAGCGCUCAACCUGUUCCAGCUAGUGUGCCGGCACAAGACGCACCCGCCUGCCCUGGACAUCGACGACACUGAGGGGCAGCUGGAGCAGGUGAGCUCCCUCCUUACGUGCCCUCCAACCCCCAGAUUCAGAGCUUCACAGUGCCUGAAGUCUCCGGGUUCAGUAUGACCCUCUGUGAUCAGGGCAUACACUUCCAGCCCCCCCCCCCCCCCGGGGUAGGGGGGACGUGGGCUCUGUGGCCACCUGGGAACCCUGCCUAGGAGGCUGGGUUGGUCUUGGCUCUGCGGGGCAUCUGCUCUGUGGCCAGAAGCAAGCCGCCAGGCCCCUCUCUGGGUCCCAGGCUUCUCACUUGCGCCCAAGGGCCGAGGUGUGUGACGAUAUUGUACUUUAGGCCAAGAGUCUGUCUUUCGUCCCAGGCUCAGACAGCAUUAACAAGUGUGACAUCAAUAAGAAACCAGGUUGAGACUCACCCUUGCUCCUGGCAGGGACAGGCCUCUGCUUCCCCAGGGAGAGGGAGGGCGGGGCCGUGCCCUCGUCUUUCUGCACAAGGGCACCACCAAUGGCACUGUGGCCCAAGUCGUUCAGGUUUGCAAGGUUGCAGAAUACAUGACAUGGUUUACAGAGGGAGGGGGUUUCGGACCCCUCUGUUGUUCCUAAUGGGGACCCAGAGCAUGGUUCCUUUAAGCGGAAGAAACACAAAAGGAGGCACCCCAGCCCCUGCCACUCCUGUCCUGUGCCCAGCACCCUCGACCCCAACCAAACGCCAGGAACUGGGGCCCCGGGAGCCUACCUUUGUUCCACACACGGAGAGGGAUGGAUGUCUCCAGUUCUCCCAAGUGUGGCCCAGCACCCUGCGGUGCACAACUCCAGGAGGGACAGAGGCUCAGUUAGGACGUAGCAGGCAAAGGCCCGUCCCUUUUCAACCAACCCCGAUUCUACCAAAGAGAAAGGCUCGUUGUGGGGCAACUCUACCUUUAACCCCUGUAGUGCUCUCUGGUCUCUGGGCCUGGGCCUCACACCCAGUGGAGGCGACAGCAGCCGACCAGAAUGCAGAGACUGGGUUUUGCAUUCAUUGUAGCAUUUUUCCAGUUGUCCUCCACUUACGACAAGGGGUAACCUAACUCUCUCCAGUUUUUGUUAGAAAUAUAGUUUCCCUCUCUGUGACAAACGCUAAGGGAGAACCCAAAGAUAAGUUCGUUCAAGCUCUAGCUCUUGGCAGUGGACCCAUGGGCGUUCAUGAAGUUCGUAUCAAAUAAGUUUAAUUAGGACAAAACCUGGGAGUGUUCGGAGAGGAGAGCAGACCAGACACAGGUGAAUAUGCCCGAUCUGUUUAAAAAGGGGGAAACGAAUCGUUGCAAAUAAAAAUACUUUUAAUUGUAACGCAAGUGAUAGCCAGCUGGGAAACUAUGAGGGUACCUGCCGACAACCACAAACCAUUUGGGGGGUUGGGACGGAGACCCAAAGAACCGAGAACAGCUUACGGCAGGUUCGCCGGCUGCUGGUAACCAGCACGUUGCUGGCUUUUAAUAGGGGUCUCCACCCCCAAACCCUGCGUUGCAGCAUCCUGGGGUGGAGGGUGGGGACGGGACCCUCGGGGGCUGGGAUGGGACUCUGGCUGUGCUGGGGACCCCCAGGUGAAGCUGUUCAUUCUGGACCUCUCUGCCAUGCUGGCCAGUCUUGGGCAGGCCAAGCCCACACCUGCCUGCUAGUCCUGACCCAGGUAAGCAGGGGGACAGGGGGGCCCCCUGGAAAGGAAGUGCACACUUCCUGCGGGGUAUGUGCUGAGUGGCUCUCACCGGAAAGAUGGGACGGCCGUGCCCCCUGGGGCUGCCGUGGGAAGUGCAUGAGAGGUAUACAGCAAGAACUAAAUAAAUGUGGGCUAGCUGGGGGGCACCAGUCCCUCAUCCACCACAUGGCCUGGCACCGGGUCCUGCCUCCCAGGACAGUCACGGCAUUAAACAAGCUGAUGUCUGUCAGGUGUUUGGAACGAAGCCUGGGGCAAAUUCUGGCAAAUUCUAGGCGGGUGUUUGGUGAGUAAAACAGCGUCGGCGAGAGAGCCACACAGCAAACACCCGUUCGCGGGGCGCCUGCUCACGAAGGCUCUCUUGUGGACGGGCACAGUUGAGAACCCAGCUGCCGGAGGCUGCCUUGACCGUCCCAGGACCCCAAGGCUUGGAGGGCAGAGGCCAGGACAGCUUCUGACCUCUGUGGUGCGGUGGGGACGUGUUAACUCCUUCACAGCUGGAGGGGAACAGCUGAGCCCUCUGCUCCCCACCCCAUUUCCCCCCCCUCCCCCAGCCCAUGCCCUCGCAGCUCAUCAGGGCCCUGUCCCUUCCAGCUCCUUGGGCCGACUGUGCUCCUGCUCCACGGGGGGUGCUUGAUAAAGGUUUAUUACAUUAAAAAUACAUCACCGGGCCUUAGGCACUCAGGGCUCGGACCCGUGUGGCCGCCACCUCCGGGCUCAGGAACCACCCAGAACGCGGGGAAGCGGCAGCGGCGGGGUCGCCAACUCGGGCUUUGGCCGUCCCGACCUCGCUGGCAAACUCCCGUGCGCCCUCAAAGACCAUUUAAAUGUCUCGUCUUGGGCAGAGGCUGCUGGCGCUCCAUGGCCGCACGACACUCCUCACGGAUGACGGUGCCCGCGGGGAGCUCCGCCAGCGCCCGGCACGGGCCAGGAGCGCGGUGUAGACAGGGGACGUCUGCCGAUGUCCGCGCUUGGGCCCGGCGAGGGGCCAGGGGGCCGGGCCACCUUCCUUACAUGCUCUUCCUCACCUUGCCCUUCUUGGAGCGCGCGCCCCGGCCGAAGGCGCCCUGCUGCAGCUCCUGGGCGCGGCGCCGGUUGCGGGCUGAGAGCUGCUUGAGGCCCCCACGCUGCAGGAAGCGCAACUUCUGGGCUCGGCGCCGCUGCUUCAGAAUCUGCUGCUUGGUCUUGAGCUCUGAGCGCACGCGGCCUGCAGGGCCAGCUGGGGUGCGGGGCUGGGACGCGCCUGCCGGGACAGGGAUCCAAGGAGCUCAGCCUCCGGGAUGGCUCCCGGCUCCUCCCCUUCCGGGGGCCUCCAGACCGCCCCUCGGGGGACCCCACUCCCGUGCUGUGCUCACUGCUGUGGCCCCAGGGUCUGGCACGUCUUAGGUGCUCAAUAAAGCUUACACAGUC